AUGGGCUUGAUCUUCGGCCUUAGCGACACCUUGCUUGCUGUCCGUACUGGCGAAGGCAAGAGUCUCAUCUACCAGGGGUUUGUGAUGCUCACCGGCCUGAUUGGCAUCCAGGUCACACUACUCAACCGCCUCGGUGUCGAGCAGGCAAGCGACUCUGCCCGCAUGAACGCGAAUAACAACUUAGUCAACGUGCUGAUCAUUAACGAGGACACAAAGAAGCUGAACCCGAAGUCGGCAGAUCAGAUUCGCCAAGCAAUGAUCCAGCAUAUUAUCGCUGGCCCUGAGCAACUCUGCAGCCCAGCUUUCCUUGCCUUGCUUCGAGAGAUUAGCAACCGUGUUGGGGCAAUCAUUAUUGAUGAGGUAGGCUUCCGUCCGGAGUUUGCACAGCUUGCGAAGAUCCGUAAUGUGCUGCCGCCUUAUGUGGUGUUCUAUGGCUCGACUGCCGCAUUGCCGCGACUUACAGAGGACUGGCUGUUCGAACACCUUGGCUUGCGUCCACGCGGGCUCGACCCGUAUAAGACGAAGGUUAUUCGUGGCAGCUGUGACAGACCCACCAUCAGCUACCUCAUCAAGCGCAUCCCACGCGAUCACCUAGGCGACUACGACUUCCUGUACUUCGAAUGUGCUGAGGCAGCCGAGGUGAAUGAAGAGACCGGCAUGAUGGAAGCUACACCCCACAAGAUCCCAAAGACACUCAACUUCGUCGAUAGGCACAAAGCAAUCCAGAACGGUGUUGGCAUUAUGCGGAAGUGGUUCGUCGAUUUGACCAAGGACUAG